AUGGGCACCGAGAAAGAAAUCGACACAUUCAUGGCAAUCGAAAAAAUCAACUCGGAAGUACGAAUGAUGGAUAAGACUAUGGAGGUGAAAGCCACUCUACAAGCGAUCAAGAUUCAAGAUAUGACGAAGGGCGCUUUAUACACCGAUCUAAUGGCUGUCCAUGGAAGCGAAGAAAUGCUCCGCUUUGAGUUUACCCAGUAUCAACGCACCGAGGUCGAGAAAAAGGCGAUGGCUCCCACGGAUCGAAGGUACAUCUACAGUCAAUCGGUUCAUCUG